AGCGGGCGAGUCGCAGCCCACUUGGGGGCCGCCCAGAUGGCCUAAAGAGCCCUGUCGCAGUGCGGGGUCCGCCAAUCACGGAGCAGCCGCCCGGCCCGGUUCCACCACUCGCACAGCCGGACAGGCGGGCGUUCCCCACCGAUACCGCCGACCUGCCUCCUCGGUCUCCGUGUCGCACGGCAUCCUCACCCGCCAUCGGCCAUCUAUACCGAGUGUCCACACGUGCCCGUGACAUUGCCGGCCAGGAGCUACUUAUAUCGACCCGAGACGCCCUCUUGGCAUCAUCGUCCAAGGCGGCGUAGAGCUGCAGCUGGGGCCCGCAAUCCAGCAGAGCAGCAAACAGCAGCAACACGGCACAAGAUGACGACUUUUGCCAAGACGGCCUUCUCGGCCAAGAACUAUGCCGCCUUCCGGCCCAGCUACCCGGCCUCCCUGUACAACACGGUCCUCGGCUACCACAAGGCCGGCCCUGCGCCGCGCUGGAACAAGAUGCUCGACCUCGGCUGCGGGCACGGCCUCAUCUCGCGCGCCAUGAGCGCGCACUUUGCCGCCGUCCUCGCCACCGACCCGUCCGCCGGCAUGGUCAAGCAGGCGCAGAGCACGACCGCGCAAGAGAACAGCAACAUCACCUUCGCCCAGGGGUCGGCAGAGGACCUCAGCCUCGUCGGCGAGGACGGCAGCGUCGACAUGGCCGUUGCCGGCCAGGCGGCACACUGGUUCGACUAUGCCCGCGUGUGGCCCAACCUGGCCCGCGUGGUCGGCAGGGGAGGCACCGUCGCGCUGUGGGGUUACAAGGACAACGUCCUGGUGGGCAAGGAGCAGGCGACCCGGAUCAUGGAGCGGUACAUUUACGACUUUGGCGAGGUCGCCAACGUCCAGGGCGGCUGGAGCGUCGAGGGGAUGGGCCGGUUCUGGGAGCAGCCCGGGCGCAACAUCCUGCGGGACCUGCUGCGCAGCGUCAAGCCGCCGCCGGAGGACUGGGAGGCGGUGACGAGGCUGGAGCACGAGCCCGGCGCAGAAGGGGACCCGGACGAGGCGGCGUGGCAGAGGAAGACGAUGAAGCUGGGCGAGGUCGAGGGCUACACGAGGACAUUCAGCUGCUUCACGGGCUGGGCGGAGGCGUACGCGGACCGCAAGGCGCGCAAGGACGGCGGGGAGGGAGACAUCAUCGACGUCAUGUGGGACGAGAUGGUGGCUUCGGUGCCCGAGUGGAAGGCCAUGGGCGACCGGUGGAGGGAGGCCGAGGUGGAGAGUGAUUGGGGCACGUAUAUCAUCAUGGCGCGGAGGAGGUGACUGUGUACGAGCUGAAAGAUGUUGUCAUCUGGGAAUCUGGGAAUGGUUCUGCAAAUCGUCACUUGGAUCCUUGGUCAUUGCCGAGUCUUUGUUUGGUGCUGUGGUCCAGUCGCAUCUGUGCACUCUCGAUGUGUUUGUUGUGCGGUGGUGCAGUUCUGGUUGUCGUGGGGUUAGAAGAGCCACAGUUAUGUAAGCGUGUUUACAUGCAGACUUCCAGGUCUAGUGCAGCAUUUGUGCAUGAGGCGGCGUGGUUGCCGUGUCAAUGGGCAGGCGCCCCAC